AUGAGGUGGAUGUUUAGAUUCAUCGGGUACGAGUACACUUUUAAAUAUAAACCAGGCAAACUGAACAAGAAUGCUGAUGCCUUAUCGAGAAAUCCUCCAGAAAUGACCGAAAAGGAAAUAAAUGAAAAUCUGCCAAAAAUAAAGGUCAUGAUUAUAGAUGAAAAGACAAAGCAGAACGAGAAUAAAACCAAAAGUAAUGCUUCAACAGAUAGAACAACCUUCCGAAACAGAGCUCACUCAGCAUCUGAAAGAACUACGGCACCAAGAGAAAGAGGGAGACCAGUAGGAGCGAAAACAAACAAGAAUGCACCAAAAUUGGAUCACAACGUGAUUGCGCAAAGGACGCGAGGAGAACAGCAAAGGUCAUGGCUAUCAUCCACAGCAUUAGCAGGGAGUGAAACCGAAAGACUAUCACUGCCCGACCCAAGGUACAGUGGAUUAAGAAUUGAUAAUUACCAAUCAGAAGACUCCGACUCAGAUGGAGACACCUCAUCGACUGACAGUCAAAAUAGGACAAUCAGUAAUAUCGAAGUGCUAGUGAGUGCAGAAGAACCUUCAAACACAGAAGCAAAGACCGAUGAUGACUCCGUAAGAGAAAGUUCCAUAAGGACCACUUUAAGCAAGGAAGAAGUGGAAGAAGCAAGCAAGAAGUUUGAGGAAAGUCUAAAGAGAUAUCAAGAAAAGAGCAUAAUGCCAGAGAAGGACGAAGUGGAUUCAGAACACGACUCGGUUACCGAUUUACCAUUGUGUCUCUCAGAAGGAGAAGAAAUCACUGAACAAUGCGUUUUAGAAUGCACGAACUCAACCCGCAUUAUGGUACUGAACAUAUGGACCAAGUCCUAG